AUGCCCAGAACUACUGCAGAUACAAAAUCUACAAAUUCUGGUAGAUAUGAGAAAUAGGCUACCAUAAGCCCUAAGAAUGAAUCAUAAAAUAAUUCCUCCAAAGCCAAAAACAAAGGGUCUAAUAAUAGUACCAAUAAAUAAUAUAAUUAGCAAUUGCUGUUUCAGCUUAAUCCAAAGCAAAUAAAACCUUCAAGCCACAUUUAGAAACAUAUUGUACAGGAAGAGACUAAUGAAGAGGAUGAGCCUGGCAUAAGUGCUGUUGAAAAUGACAGUCCAAUCAAAAUGUACUUGCAUGAAAGUUAACAUGAAAGAAGCAAAACGGAGUAAGAGCUUUAAUCAUCUCUAAGUCCCAGAUUACAAUAAAAGCAAGAGUUGCAGACAAAAUAUUCAAAAUUUAGUUCAAGUGAAUUGUAGUAAAUUCUGACAAAGAAGUCUUAGAGCAGAAUGACUCGUAACUAAAUGAAUCAAACUAAUAACAAGUUCAGAGUUCAUUACAAACAUUAAACAAAUAAUUCUCUAAAUUUAUCAAAGAUAAAUGAUUUAGAUCCAAAAGACAUUGAGAGUAUCAAGUUGGAAUUGAUAAAUGAUCAGUUUGCAAAGAGAAGCUAAAAUAAUGCAAACAAUGGCAACUUUGCGCAUAGUUAAGAUUUCAGUAUCUUAAUGCGAAGGACUUAAUACAACAGAAGCUAAUUAGAAAGGAAUAGUAAAAGUUAUAUGACAAGUAAUUCAGAGAUUGAUAAGCCAAUUAAUAAUUUAAAAUCUAGCAAUGAUCCCAAUAAAAAGAAAGAGUCUCAUAUUUCAAGAAACCAGCCAAGAAUAAUUAAUAAAAGUCUGAACAUGAAUUCAGAUAUCUAGAGUCCUUAUUUUGACGAAGAAAAUAAAAAUUUAAGCAGGAAUAAUCCAAAUAAUGAUAAAAAAUUUCAUACCUACUAAUUGAAUAGCAACUCUGAAUAUGAUGAACCAGUUUAAAGGUAAUCUCGCAAGUUUCAAUAACAAAAUGAAUAACCAAAAAGUGAUUAUAAUCCCUCAAGUGAUGCCAAUAAUGCAGUGCCUAAGAAGCCUAAAUUUAUUAAUGGCAAAAACUACCCAAGUGUAAAUAUUAAGAAUUACUAAGACAAAUGA